UAAAAGCGCGAGGACGGAGGCAGCCGCUCCCCGUUCGCUCUCGGCGUUCCGAGCUGCUGGUGGUGCUUCGUCCUCCGCUUCUCGUCUACGUCGACGGCGGGGCCGCGUUCAGGUGGUGAGGUGGGUCCGGACCGGGGCCUUCAGCCCCUUAUGGUGCCUCCGUAGGAGCCCGCACGGUUCCCCCCCUCCCUGAAACCUUUCCACAUUGAGGAUCUUUGUAGCAUCCUCUGGUUCAGGGGUAACUGUGACAACCACCCACCCCCCUCCACCAAGCAUACAGUGGUGAAGGGAGUGUAUUGCCUGGUGUUACGCUCUCCCAGUGACUGCAGAGAUGGAGAGUGAGCAGAGAGCUGAGCAAGGUGCUGAGCAGUACCAGUGCUGUGGGCUCCUGCAGCAAGACCUGACAGAGCUCUGUGCCUGGGCUGGCAUCACUUCCAUCCCCAGGGUCACUGUGCGGCCUUCCUGUGCAGCAACUGAGGGUGCAGAGCCUUGCAGACCGGGAGAGCGCUGCAUCCAAGUAGAGCUGCAGAAUGACAAUGACCCCCGGAGCAUCUGCGGGGUUUUCUUGCGAGGCUGGAAAGUGGACGAAGAGAUGCUGGGUGUGCUCAGCAAGUGCCUGCCUGCCCUGGGCAGCCUGAAGACCCUAAACCUCUGGAGCACUGGGCUGACUGAUCACGUACUGCCUGUUCUAGGCACGAUGGUGGCAAGGUGCCCCCGGCUCUGGUCGCUCACCCUGGAGGGGAACCCUUUGCCAGAGCACUCCUUCCACGUGCUGAUGGGGGCCAGCAGCACGCUGUCCCACCUGUCUCUGCGCAACAACUGCAUUGAUGACAGGGCUGCACAACUUCUGGGACAGGGCCUCUCCAGCAUGAGCUCCUCCAACCACAGCCUGCUGUCGCUGGUCCUCAGCUUCAACCGCAUCUCUGACGUGGGCGCAGAGCACAUUGCUGAGGGGCUGCGCUGGAACCGCUCACUGCUCUCCCUGUCCCUGGCCCACAACCGCAUUGGGGAUGCAGGGGCAGUGAAGCUGGCAGAGGUGCUGCAGCCCUUCAAGCUGAGGCACGAGGAGGUGGUGGAGCGGAGGAGGCUGCUGAUGGAGGAGCAGGGCCAGCCCCGUGCAGCUGAGUCCAGCAGUGGGCAUGCCCUGAGCCUGCAGGUCAGUGCAGCAGCAGGCAAGCUGUCUGCAACCAAACAGCGCACGGGCACAACCAAAAAGAAGGAGCUGCUGAGGAAGGACAAGAGCAAGCAGAGCAAGAAGUCUACUGCCCCUUCAGACUCCCGACCUGGCCGCAGCCGUGGUGCAAAGGGUGCCAUCGAGGAGCAGCAGGACACUGAAGCAGGGGAUCUAGCUGAGCCCAGCCACCCACUGCUUGAGCCAGGCUUGCACUGCGGUGGGAAUGUCAUCCUGCCUGGGAACCGGGUGCUGCUUAACCUCAACCUGUCCUGUGAGUGUGGGGCUGGGGGGGCUUGGCUGCAGCACGGCCCCAUCCCCAUGCUCGUGUCCUCCCCCCCCACAGACAACCGCAUCACAGAGCGAGGCCUGGGCGCAUUGCUGGCUGCGGUGGAGGGGCAGGAGCAGCAGGAGGGAGCUGGGGGGAGACAGGGACUGCGAUGCCUCUCGCUGAAUAGGAACAACUUCUCCAGUACCUGUGCUGCCUUUACCCGGCUCCAGGAGCUGCUGCUGCAGCGGGACCCCCUCCCCAAGCUUGUGGAGGAUGAGGAAGAGCGCAGCCAGGAUCCCUGAGUGCCCUUAGAAGCAGCGCUUUUCUGGGCUUUUCUUAAUAAAUUUA